UAGAACUGAUCGAAAAAUAAAAGUUUACAAAACAACUCAACGUGCUCGUUUACUUUAUUGUCUCUUUUAUUUAUUUCUGCAAACAUGGGUAAAAAGAAUAAGCCAAAACCAGGAUCAGGACCUAAAGCUAACGUAUUUAAAGUAGCUGGUGCCAAAAGUUUGAAGAAACCAAAAGCCAAGGCUGUCAAUUUGGGUUUAAAAAACAUUAAGCAAAAGGUAGUGGACAUAGAUAAACAGUUCUUAGAAAUCAAUAAAAAUCCAAAGCCUAACCAGCCUCCAAAACCAGUCAUACCACCACAGAAGAGAGCAGAGAAGAAGGUUUCUAAAGAAGAAGUUGCAAGCACAGUAGAUAAAAUUGUUAAAAUGGACUUAUGACUUAACUAGUCUUCUGAAGGUAGACUGAGCCAACGGUGUUAAAAAGACUGAUAUGUCAUGUUCAGCUGUUUGGCUUUAAAAUAGAAUUGAGAUUCAAAUAGUGACAGGUGGCUAGCCCAUCAGCUAAAAGAAGAAUCCCAAGUUCAUAAGCCUAUCUCUUAGUCACCUUUUUACGACAUGGAUGUGUGAUUGAGUGGUCCUAUUUGUUUUUCUAUUGGUGUUGGGAACCACAUGGCACUUUAUGUACUAGUUCUUUUUAUGAUUACUUAAGUGCCGUGUGGUUCCCAGCACCAAUACAAAAAAGAAUAGUACCACUCCAUCUCAUUCCCAUGGAUGUCGUAAAAAGCGUCUAAGGGAUAGGGUUACAAACUUGGGAUUCUUUUUUAGGCGAUGGGCUAGUAACCUGUCACUAUUUUAAUCUCAUUUCUAUCAUUAAGCCAAAUAGCUGAACGUGGCCAUUCAGUCUGUCCAUUUCAAGACUGUUGGCUCUGUCUACCCCGCAAGGGAUAUAGACAUGACCAUAUGUAUGUAUGUAUGAUUACACAAUGCCAUGUGGUUCCUGGCACUUUAAUAGAAUACGACCACUCCAUCACUUUCCCAUGGAUGUCAUAAAAGGAGACUGAGGGAUUGCAUGACAAACUUGGGAAUCUUGUAGGCAAUGGGCUAGCAACUUGUUUCUAUUUGAAUUUCACCAGGCACUGCAGCUGAAGCUGGCUCUGUCUAUCGCGCAAGGGAUAUAGAUGUGAUUGUGCAAAACUGUUCACGUUUUCCUUGUGGACCAACUGAUACCGCUGAAGUCCUUAUAGAUGCACCUUAAUAAAUAUUUGCCUUAAGUAAGUACAUAUAAAAAUUUACGACUCAUGGGAUUCUAAUUAAACUGGGAAAUUUUAUUUUCAAUUACAAUGGCCCAUUGUAUAAAGAUGUGAAAUCAUAACAGAUUUUUCAAUUUAUUCAUAUUUAUAAUAAUAGUAUGUAAGUAUAUUGCAUAAAUAGUGUUGCAAGUUCAUGCAAGACAAAUGCAUCUAUAAUAUGUACAGCUACUGUAACUAACUGUAAGUUUUUGAAAUUGAUUUUACAAAUAAUUGUAAUAUUUUACUUUGUAAAGUCUUUUUACUGAAUGGAGUAGAAUUUAAAUAAAACCAAACAAUGUUAA